AUGUAUUCAACAUGUAAAAAGGCUAAAAGUAACGUUUUUCGUGGUACAAGAGUAAAAAUUCCAAAAUAUUCAGUUUUACGAAAAAUUAUUCAAAUUAAUAUGUUACCAGUCAAAAUCCAAUACAAUAGAAGUGGCGUAAUUGGGAAUGUUGAUCAGUGGAGUUUAAAUAAUUUGGUUUCUAUUUAUUCACCUAUCAAAGAAAAAAAUCUUAAACAAUAUCUAUUGUUUAAUCAUGUUAUUUUGGGUUCAUUAUUACCGGUAAUAAAGACCUAUUACCUCGCAUUUGUCGCAUAUAAAGAAUUAAGAAUCAGAACUAAAAAUGCUGCUCUUAAUUUACGAAUUCCUUAUUCGCAGGAUCUACAGCUACAUGUUGCUGUCAUUGAAGAAUAUUCUUCACAUAAAAUUUCCUUUUGA